GACAUAUAAAAUCUAGUACGUCGUGAUUAAACUUCCAUUGUAGUUAUAAUGUGUUAAAGGGGAGGCACGAAGAACGCCAACGCGUUGCUGUUGUACUUUUUGGUGGCAUCGUCACGUUCCAUCGCUAUCUCUUCCAAUAAAAGAAGAAAUAAGAAAUAUGGAUGAAUCGCGCAUUAAGUGGUGGCCGCAAUAUUUAGCAGCGAUUACAGCCACCUUAUCUAUGGCAGCAUCGGGUUCUCACAUAGGCUGGACAUCACCAACGCUUCCGAACCUAAAGUCACCAGAUUCUCACAUUUUCCUUACUUCGGAUGAUGCAUCGUGGAUCGCCUCGUUUGUUCUACUUGGCUCGAUACCUGGCAACAUUUGUUCAGCUUUCAUAGUAGAUUGGCUCGGUCGAAAAAUCUGCCUUUUGAUAGCGGGAGUACCACUUCUAGUUAGUUGGAUUCUGAUCAUCUUAGCUUGGAGACCUUACGUCUUAUAUAUCGCGCGGUUCAUCGCUGGAUUCGGUCUUGGCGUAGCAUACGUUGUUUGCCCCAUGUAUAUCGGCGAGAUCGCUGACAAGGAAAUCCGAGGAUCCUUGGGAUCGUUCAUUAAACUAAUGGUAACUUUUGGUGAGCUAUACGCCCACGCAGUUGGUCCCUUCGUUUCUUACAACUGUUUGAUUUACAGUUGCGCUAUAAUCCCUGUAAUCUUUUUCCUAUCAUUUACCUGGAUGCCCGAGUCCCCGUAUUAUUUGUUAAUGAAAAAUCGCGAGGAUAAAGCGAUGAAAAGUUUGAAAUCACUGAAAAGAUAUGCUACGCAAGACCAAUUGGAAGAAGACAUGGAGCAAAUGCAGAAAACUGUGAUCCGCGAUCUUACCGAUAAAGGACACUGCUGGGACCUCUUCAACACUCCUGGCAAUAGGAAAGCUGUGCUAAUCAGUUUUGGUCUCCAGAUGGUACUCCAGUUUAGCGGUUUAGCUGCGAUAGAAUCGUACACGCAAGAGAUUCUCGAAGAAGCUGAUACAGAUUUGUCCGCUGGUAUAGCAGUGAUCAUUUUAAGCGUUUUACAGCUUAUCGCUGGAGUGGCAGCUGCAGCUUUAGUAGACAAUCUAGGCCGGAGACCUUUGCUUCUGGUUACAACUUUGCUCGGUGGUUUGUCUUUAGCCGUAACUGGAGCAUUUUAUUUUUUAAAGCUUCAGAUGUCCGUGGACACAUCUAACGCUGGCUGGAUUCUUCAUGCCUCUGUAAUAUUUUAUGAGCUCAUUGUCGCGUUAGGUUUGAAUCCAUUGUCCUACAUGAUGCUUGGAGAACUGUUCCCAACUAACGUGAAAGGGGCCGCUGUUUCUUUGGCAAACGUAUGGGCAUCUCUGUUGGCGUUUUUCGUCUCGAAAAUGUAUCAAGUGAUCUCCGACUCUUGCGGGGUCUACACGUCGUUUGGUUGGUUUGCUGUUAGUUGUUUUGUUGGGAUUGUUUUUAUCUUCUUUAUGGUGCCAGAAACCAAAGGAAAAUCGUUAUUAGAAAUACAAGAGGAUCUAAAUUGUAAGAAGAAAAAACAACCAAAAGGGGGAACAAAAAAGCAUGAAAUCUCUGUAAGUACUCUUGCUUAGAUUUGAGAAAAAUUAUAUUUUCCGAAUGAGAGAGAAGUCUGGUCUGGUCUGGAUUUUGAAGUAUGAAUUAAGAGAUAACGAAAUAUGAUACGACAAAAUAUUCUAUAUUCAAGAAACGGAAUUUUUUAACAUUAAUGAGUGGUAAUGGUGUUUAAAUUCUUAUUAUUUAUCUGUAAAAAUAAAUUCGAUUGUUAAAGAUAGAAUGAUUUGAUGCAAUAACAAACAAAAAUAACAAAAAUCAUUCUUGCUGUUCUGUGACAUGAGAAAAGUUGCACAAUGUAGCGUGCUAACGAAAUUUGUCGAAUUCUUUUAUUUUAUUCAUGUCGCAGAACGUAGUUAUCAAAAGUGACAGACGACCAUCUUCUUGAAUUCAAAGGAUAGCCGAUUUUAAACAAUCGCUUUUACGCAAUCUAUGUACGUGUUUAUAUACUUAAUAUUUUUCAACUUUAAUUAAUUUUAAAUAUGUUCACCCUUUAAGCUUGUUUUUCUUCUAGCUUAGAGUCUAAGAUAUUCUACUUUUUAAACGAGGGCCCGUAUCUCAUUUAAAAAAAAAACUUGCUUCGGUUAAGAUGACAAAAUUAUAUGUAAACAUUCAUGAGUGUGACAUGUAAUGAUGAGUUUCAAGAAAUUUCUGAAAGGAAAACUAAACAGUAAAUUUAUAACGGUACGGCGAGCGCUUCGUGCGUCAUACUAAAAACACCAGAGAAAAAUAUGGCUCGGUGCAAACACUACGUGAGCCAUAGUUUGUAUACUUUCUUUACGACAUUAACACCUGCAACCGAUACACGAAUUCGUAUGUUCAAUAAUACGCAUACGGUGUGACGCGUCUGCGUUUCUCGAAUAAGUUGCCGGAGAAACGUAACAAGAUGCGCAUUGAUGUUGUUAGUAAUAACCGAAGCAAUUUUAACCGAGAAUAGUGCGAUUUUGUCUGUGUUUUCUUGAAAUUAAUCCGAGGACGGAGAAAUUUUCAGAAAUCAUGCGAUAGUAUGUGUGCGCUAGUCAGGAUUUCUACAGGAAAGAGCAAACUCGCAUGACCAUCUUCUUUCCCUUUCAGGCAGGGUUAAACGUUGAGACUGAUAGAUAUUAAAUUAAUCGUAAGUUAUAUAUUUAUUUACUGCCAAAUGACGUUACAUGGUACCAAGAAUAGUACUGAAUUAACGUAAUAGAAGGAAAAUUCAUGAAUCUGUAACUCGUGGGAACGAAACAAAAUUAUUCAAUCCGUGGAUUACCAUAAGAUUAAUACUUGAAGAUGGUACAUUAUUAACCCUUCGCACUCGAAGCUUUUUCUCACUAAUAUUACCAGCAACUCGGAGCAGUUUUAAUAGAAAGAGAAUAUUAACACUAAAACUACCCAGCAAUUAGAGUGAUUUAUUUUACUUUUGUACAAAAAUUCGAACAAUACCCAUUAUACCUUGAAAUUCGAAGGGUCUCCUAGUUUUGUAUCUGUACUGAUACACAAAUUUAAUUGAAAAUCUUUCGCAAAAACGCCUUCACAAUUUAAAUACUUGCCAAAUAAAAAUUCUCAAGUGGAUCAAUUUGUCCGGCAGUUUUAGUGUUAAUGUAUAAAUAAAUGAUACGUGCAUGAAAAGGAAAUUCAUAAAUGUAUUUUACUGUCUUUCAUCGAUUACAGAUAUAAAUGUCAUAAUAUAUUUAAUAACAAAAUUUUACAGUUUGUAGUGACAAAUUUUAAAUGCCUCUGCUCCGGAGCCCUCUCGAGUUCAAAGGGUUAAAUUCCAGAAACAAUAAGUUGACGUGACAGAAACAUUUGUCAAAAGUAAGUGAAUGUGACAUAAAACAACAAAGGGUGGUACACGGAUUAAAUAUCAAAGUUCUUAGUGGAUACAUGCUCCCCGUGUAACUAGUUUGGCGAUUAGGAACAUCUAUUAUCCCUUUGAGGCAGGGUGCAAGAGACAGAAUUUUAAUAACGCGAUUACGAUUAAACGUUAGCAAAGCGCGCCGUGCAUUAUCGCGAGUGUGCAAAGUUGUGCGCACUAAUGGCCCUGUUGCAAAAAGGAUUACGGUGAGCACCGUAGCAUGAUUAACCGUAUGCAUAUAUACAUUUCUAACGUGGUGAAACAUAUUAUUACACAAAUAGGUGCAAUUAUAACGAAGUACACCAUUAUCAUUGUUAUUAUCACAAAUAUUAGAAAUGUUUUGAAAACGAAGCUUUUCAUCGAUUACUUUAAAACGUUUUGCAUAUCGUGCUACGGACUAUUACUGAUAUAGAACUACUAAGGAUGUAAUGACAUUUAGUUUGAGUUACAUUGGAAUGAGCCGAUUUGAAUAUCUCCUUUGUACAAGAACUGAUGU